CGGUGCUCGGUUGAAGCGGGAGUUUCUGGGCGUGAGUCCCGGUAGCGGGCGGCUGAUUGCACGGGUGACCCAGCGCCUCCUCUACCGCCAUGGCAGCCCUGCGCUAUGCGGGCCUGGACGACACGGACAGCGAGGACGAGUUGCCCCUGGGCUGGGAGCAGAGAACCACCAAGGACGGCUGGGUGUACUAUGCCAAUCACACUGAGGAGAAGACUCAAUGGGAACAUCCGAAAACUGGAAAAAGAAAACGAAUAGCAGGAGAUUUGCCAUAUGGAUGGGAGCAGGAAACGGAUGAGAAUGGACAAGUGUAUUUUGUCGACCAUAUAAAUAAAAGAACUACCUAUUUGGACCCAAGAUUGGCAUUUACUGUGGAUGAUAAUCCUACAAAGCCACCCAACAGACAGAGAUACGAUGGGAGCACCACAGCCAUGGAAAUACUCCAGGGCCGGGACUUCACUGGCAAAGUGGUUGUAGUUACUGGAGCUAACUCAGGAAUAGGGUUUGAAACCGCCAAGUCUUUUGCCCUCCAUGGUGCUCACGUGAUCCUGGCCUGUAGGAAUAUGAGCAGAGCCAAUGAAGCCGUGUCACGCAUUUUAGGAGAAUGGCAUAAAGCCAAGGUAGAAGCAAUGACCCUGGACCUCGCUCUGCUCCGUAGCGUGCAGCAUUUUGCUCAAGCGUUUAAGGCCAAGAAUGUGUCUUUGCAUGUGCUCGUGUGCAACGCAGCGGCUUUCGCUCUACCCUGGAGCCUCACAAAAGAUGGCCUGGAGACCACCUUCCAGGUGAAUCACCUGGGGCACUUUUACCUGGUCCAGCUCCUUCAGGAUGUCUUGUGCCGCUCAGCCCCAGCCCGAGUGGUUGUGGUCUCCUCUGAGUCCCAUAGAUUUACAGAUAUUAAUGAUUCCUCAGGAAAGCUAGACUUCAGCCGCCUCUCUCCAUCUAAAAAUGACUACUGGGCCAUGCUGGCUUACAACCGGUCCAAACUCUGCAACAUUCUUUUCUCCAAUGAGCUUCAUCGCCGCUUGUCCCCAAGAGGGGUCACCUCGAACGCAGUGCAUCCAGGAAACAUGAUGUACUCCUCCCUUCAUCGCAACUGGUGGGUGUACACGCUGCUGUUCACCUUGGCCAGGCCUUUCACCAAGUCCAUGUGAGUUUUGGCUGUCGUGCUGCGGAGACACUGGAGGCGGGCACGAUUAAACAGAUGCCAGGAGUUUGUGCUGCCCGGUGAUGAUGUUUCUGAAAUGUUUCUUCUAUGGACCUUGAUUCUCAUAUAACUAACCGGGCACGUUGGUUUUUCCUUGUG